CACUCAAAGCAUGAUGGAGUGUAGUGCACGCAAAGAGAUGGUCCUUCAUAGCAGCACAUCAAAGAUGCAUGAACAUUUCAAGCAAAAGCUCACGCAUGGUCAAUGAAAGAUGUUAGACUAAUAUUACAUGGAUGGGGGUUUCCAAGUGAUAAAUAUGUUACAAAUUAUACAUAUGUACAGCUCUGUAUUACACAGGGAGGUAUCAGUUACUCAAACACACGCAGUCACAUUAAGCAUCAACUAACACUAGCCUGGCCUGAACACUGUACACUACACAGGCGACAGGGGCUGGGUCACGGUCUCCAUUUUCUAUCCACGCCUAGGUUGAAAAACUGAUACUAAAUCCUAAAUACAGUAGCUGUGGUAUCUUUGGGAGUAGACACUGCUUUUACGGGAUGAAGUAGCGUUAAAUAGUCCGGAGAAUUAGCACCGGAAGCGCUACAGGACACAUACUCUGAUGACUGUGUCGGCUGAGUUGUAACUCUUUAGCGAGUGUUGGGAAUGCAGCCACCUCUAGCACCAGCCACGGUCAGAGAGCUGGUGCGCUCCCAUCUCCAUCUUAACCCUGUUGCUGCAGAUUUGCGCUGCAGUCUUUUUGUGGCUGCCGUGCAGAACUACAAGCGUGACUCUGUCCUGAGACCGUUCCCACCUCGAUAUCUACGAGGAGAGAUAAAGGAUUUUGAAGAGUUGCAGAAAGAUGUGAGCUCCUUGCCAAGCAUAAGAGACCUGGUCCGACUGGAAUCAGGAGAUGGAGAUCAUCAUCUGGCACUAGUACACUGGGUGCUCUCCUCCAAGAGUUUUGAUAUAAAGACCAUCCAGAAAGAAGAGUGGACCAGACUCAGCCAGAUGACACAAAAUGCAGGGGUCUCCUCUCCUGUGCCAGACUUCCUUUUUGAAUUGGAAUACUGUGAACAAAUGAAUUCGAAGUUUGAGAAGACACGGGCAGGACGGGACGUUAUCUAUGCAUUCCAUGGCAGCCGACUGGAGAACUUUCAUUCCAUUAUUCACAAUGGUCUACACUGCCAUCUGAAUAAGACAUCACUGUUUGGAGAAGGCACUUACCUGACCAGUGACCUUAGUAUGGCUUUUCUCUAUAGCCCCCAUGGAAAUGGAUGGUGUGACAGUGUCCUUGGGCCAGUACUAAGCUGUAUUGCCUUGUGUGAGAUCAUUGAUCAUCCAGAUGUAAAGUGUCAGGUAAAGAAGAAAGACAAGAGAAUUUGGGUUAAGAUCUGCUCAAAUAUUUUAGACUCUGAGAACCUUGACCGCAAGCGUUUGAGGGCAAGGAACAGCGAGGGUGGGGACGUGCCAGAGAAGUACUUUGUGGUCACCAAUAAUGAGCUGCUGAGAGUAAAGUACUUGCUGGUAUACUCUCAGAAACGUUCUAGAACCAGACAUGCUCAAAGGACAUCAUGGCUGGUCAGACACCAUUUUGCCAUUAUGAUGGGUCUCUACCUUCUGCUUCUCAUAUUUAUUGGUGCCUUCAAUUCUACUAGUUUUCAGUCAUUUUGGCAUAGAAUAUUCCGGUGAUCCAACUUUUCAUCACAUUUGCCUCGUUUCCAAAGUGCCUUUUUCUUUGGUUCACAAAGAUCACUUAAGAAUUUAGUUCAAGACUUGCAAUGAACUUAAUGCUCAGGAAACUCUGAACAUUUUAUCCAUCAGUUAGUGUGUGCAAGUUGUACUGCAGGCACACGUAAUUUAAUCAAAGAUUAAUAUGCAUUUAUUAACUUUUUAAGUCAACACAAUGUAACAUUUACAUCUGAGAAACAGUGUGGGGAGAGACGCCUGCCUGUCUAGGCUGUGGGAGUCUUUUUUUAAACACUGUGGCAUGUAGCUUGUCAUAAGAAUUUA